AUGAGCACAAGUUCUGGGGAGUCCGGUUCAUGCCUGUUCUGUGGCCAUUAUUUGAAUGAGCACACAAAAGCAAGCCGCUCGCGGUGCAAGAAAUGCAAUAAGCGAUUUUACAUCUGCCAGGCACCACUACAUGAAACGGCUGGCUGGAGAAUAUGCGACAUUCCAUGUGGCUGUGGCUCGAAGUACUACCCCACCACAGCCAAUGGAGCGCGUCGACUGAAACAAACCGAAUUCGCGCCAACUCACCCCCUGUACGAGUCGCCUCCCUCUAACGGCGAGGACACAUCGUACGAGGCAACCUUCAGCACCAGUGCUGCUCCUGCAACUGAGCCAGUCUACGUAAAGCUCAAGAAAAAUGGAGACCAGUUCGAGUUCAGUCACAACAACAAUAAAAUAUUAACCUACGCGGUGCACUGGCGGCCUACUCGUCUCGUUUACCAGGGACAAGAAGAUGAUUUCUGGUUGAUGGAAAAUGAUGGAGUUUCAUAUAUCACCUGGACCCUACCUACCGACAAUCAAGAAGUACAAAGCCAGAGGUCUCUUGGCAAAAGAGUGGCAUAUCCGGCUCAGCCCUCGCACGAACGCACUCUUUCUGAUUCUACGGAUCCUCUCCAAUGGGACGAUGAGAGGAUCGAGGCGGAAACUCAAAUGGCGUCUCAAAUGGCGGGGCUUGCUCUUGGGGGCGGAAGCUCCGACCAAGUUCAAGAUGACCGCGUACACGUCUCUGCACGAUAUUAUGGAAAGGAUAAAGUGGAGUUUAAGAACGAAAACGGUAAGUUAAUUACAUCAUGGAAAUCAAGCUGGGUUCCAAGCGGUGAUGGAUUUGUUUUCGAGAGCAAGGACUAUGGCAAAACGUAUUUCACGAAGAAAAUCAAAGCUGCGAAAAAAUGA